GUGGAUAGUUAUCGGAUGUCAACCUUGGAAUGCCCCACAUCAGUUACCGAGCGCCCCUCCGACCUCAUCUCUUCGCAACCACAAGCGGGGUAGCACGACCCGUUAGACCUUCAUUUCCACGCCAGUGAACCUAUGAGCGAUCGUAGAUCCUGAUCAUGUCAGCAAUUGGAGAUCGAACUCUAGGAGCUGCGGAAUGCGCCCGCCAUCUUUCAACAUCAAUUGCUAAUCGUUUAGGACGCUUCAUUAGAAGAGCUUUCGAGCUGCAGCCGUUGGGACUUGUCUUUCAUUUCUCUUCACAUUUACUUCUACCUCAGAUUGAAUAUCCUGCUGUCGCCGCACGCGUCAUUGCGGAGCACCAGCCAUGUCCUUCAGCGUCGACCCCGACGCUUCCAACACGACAGGAUCGAAACCGAAAGUCGAUGUCCCUAUCCUUAAAGAUCUUACCAUCGACAACAUAACUGAGAAUGUGCACCGCAUCAACUCGCAAGCCGAUGAUGCACGGCUCAAGUAUGUCCUCGAAAGACUAGUCUCGCAUAUGCACGAUUUCGCGCGCGAGACGCGAUUGAGUACGAAGGAGUGGAUGGCGGGAAUAGAGUUCUUGACUGCUGUGGGGAAGAAAUGCACCGAUGUGCGACAAGAGUUCAUCCUCCUCUCCGACACCCUCGGCCUCUCCCUUCUCGUCGACUCCAUUGACCACCCCAAACCGCCCGCCAGCACCGAAGGCACCGUCCUCGGCCCCUAUCAUACGCACGACGCCCAAGAUAAAUCCGCGGGCACUAAUAUCUCCGCCGACCCCGACGGCGAACCGCUCCUCUGUCUUUGCACCGUAAAGUCCACAACCGGCGAGCCCAUCCCCGGCGCGAAGAUCGACGUUUGGGAGACGGAUAGCAAGGGCGUGUAUGACGUGCAAUAUGAGGAUUAUAGUGGCGAAAAACCAGAUGGGAGGGCGGUGUUGAGGAGUGAUGACCAGGGAGUGUUUUGGUAUAAGGCGAUCGUGCCGGUGCCGUAUCGAAUCCCGAAUGACGGGCCUGUGGGGGUUAUGCUGGAGAAGCUAAAACGGCACCCAUGGAGGCCGAGUCACAUGCAUUUUAUGUUUGAGAAGGAGGGCUUUGAUCAUUUGAUCACCGCACUCUAUCUCCGAGGCGACCCGUAUGAGACAUCUGAUGCGGUAUUUGGAGUCAAGGAGUCGCUCAUCGUGGACCUCGGCACGGUAAAUGCUGAGCAGGCGAAGAAGUACGAUAUCAAAGAGGGCUCGAAACUGCUUACGUACGAUUUUGUGCUCGUCACGGACGAAGAUACGAAGAAGUUGAGGGAUGCGGAGGCGAUGAAGGCUAUGAAGGCUCUGGGAAGGGAUCGUAUGAAGAUCCUUGAGGGUCUUCCCGUGCCGGAUGUCGACUAGAAGGCUGAAAACCGGGUUCAUGUAGAGAAUGUGGGAGAAGCUAGGCGUCUGAGUGGCUGGAGUCCAGAAGAACGUCUCGCGUUUCCGCAGCCCAAGAACUCGUGCAAAGGCGGUCUGAUCUCUCGUCUACACGACAUCGUGCCAUUGUACCCACCUGUGAAGGCCUCCAGGGUGGCUGUUACGUGCGUCGUUAUAUCCGGAGAAUGCAACACCGGGAGAGGGAGAGUAAGGGUGGACGGUAGCACUUGGACGAAGGACUCCGGGAAUCGAAAAUGAUGGAGAGGCAAACCAUCGUUUGUUUGAAUUUUCCUUUUAUCACUCCGAACUUUGCAGCACUGCGCGGUUGGGCGCACAGCCACUGUGGCAUUGAGGAUUGACGUAACUGGACCAGAGAGGCUUAGCG